AUGAACGGCCGUCCUUCUCUUCACUUUCCCGCCCUUUUUACUUUCCAGACUCUUGCCUGUCCCGUCUCCUCAAAUCCGUAUGGAUUUCAUUUCCCCCUUCUCUUCUAUUUCUCCGCUUCUCGUUUGUCUGGUUUAAAUACAAUUCCAUCAAAUUCACUCACCGCGGCCUCCUCUUCCUUCCUUCCUUCCUUCCUUCCUUCCUUCCUUUUACCCUUCUUUCUUUCUUUCCUUCUACCCUUCUUUCCUUCCUUCUUCCGCCUUUCUUUCUUUCUUUCCUUCCUUCCUUCCUUCCUUCCUUCCUUCCUUCCUUCCUUCCUUCCUUCCUUCCUUCUACCCUUUCUUCCUUCCUUCCUUCUGUCCUUUAUUCCUUCCUUCCUUCUACCCUUCUUUCUUUCCUUCCUUCCACCUUUCCUUCUGCCCUUCCUUUUACUCUUCCUUCUUUCCUUCCUUUUACCCUUCCUUCCUUCCUUCUUUUUACCCUUCUUUCUAUCCUUCAUUUUACCCUUCUUUCUUUCCUUCCUUCUACCCUUCCUUCUGCCCUUCCUUCUACUCUUCCUUCCUUCCUUCUGCCCUUCCUUCUACUCUUCCUUCCUUCCUUCUGCCCUUCCUUCUUUUUUCCUUCCUUUUACCCUUCUUUCUUUCCUUCCUUCUACCCUUCCUUCCUUCCUUCCUUCUUUUUACCCUUCUUUCUUUCCUUCCUUCCUUCUUUUUACCCUUCUUUCUUUCCUUCCUUCUACCCUUCCUUCCUUCCUUGUUCCUUCCUUCUGCCCUUCUUUCUUUCCUUCCUUCUUUCCUUCCUUCCUUUCUUCCUUCCUUUCUUCUGCCCUUCUUUCUUUCCUUCCUUCUACCCUUCCUUCCUUUCUUCUGCCCUUCUUUCUUUCCUUCCUUCUACCCUUCCUUCCUUCCUUCCUUCCUUCCUUCCUUUCUUCUGCCCUUCUUUCUUUCCUUCCUUCUACCCUUCCUUCCUUCCUUCCUUUCUUCUGCCCUUCUUACUUUCCUUCCUUCUACCUUCCUUCCUUCCUUCCUUCCUUCUUUCCUUCCUUCCUUCCUUCUGCCCUUCUUUCUUUCCUUCCUUCUACCCUUCCUUCCUUCUUCCUUCCUUUCUUCUGCCCUUCUUUCCUUCCUUUUCCUUCCUUCUUUCCUUCCUUCCUUCCUUCAUUUCUUUUUCUUCCUUCCUUCCUUCCUUCCUUCUGCCCUUCUGCCCUUCUUUCUUUCCUUCCUUCUACCCUUCCCUCCUUCUGCCCUUCCUUCGUCUGCCCUUUCUUUUUUCUCUUCUUUUACUUCUUACAGAAAUACUUUUUCGCCCCUCUCUUUAUAUCUCUUCCUUCUUUGAUCUUCCUUUCCUAUCCCCACCUCUUUCUCCCCUUUAUUCUUACCCAAUUCCCACUUUACGCACCUAUUCUACCACCCCCCGGUCCCUGCUUCAGUAUCACGCCGUCUAACUCCUCCUAUUGCCCCCUCUCUGUUCAUAUGUUUUUAACACUCCCUUAA